AAUACGCAAUUAGUCUACAGCGAUUUGAAGCUUGACGUAUUAUUAUUAGAAAUGGAUGCUUUUCUUAAAGGAGGUAGCUUUAAAUCCAAGGCUGCAGCGUCUUCAACAGGAGGAUCCACUAAACAGAGACAAGUUCCUUGGGUUGAAAAAUACCGACCCAGGACUGUCGAUGAAGUGGCUUAUCAAGAUGAGGUUGUUGCUGUUCUUAAGAAAUCGUUACAAGGAGCAGAUCUUCCUAACAUGCUAUUCUAUGGACCCCCGGGUACAGGCAAAACAUCUACCAUUUUGGCUGCAUCAAGAGAACUGUUUGGUACUGACAUGUAUCGGAGCCGUGUUCUGGAACUGAACGCCUCCGAUGAACGAGGAAUCCAGGUCGUUCGAGACAAGGUCAAGAAGUUUGCUCAGACAGCAGCAGGUGGAAUAAGACCAGAUGGGAAACCCUGCCCUCCAUUCAAGAUCAUCAUAUUGGAUGAGGCUGAUUCAAUGACCUAUGAUGCUCAGGCUGCCCUCAGAAGAACAAUGGAGAAACAAUCCAAAAACACAAAGUUCUGCCUCAUCUGUAACUACAUCAGCAGAAUUAUUGAGCCUCUGACAUCCCGCUGCUCCAAGUUUCGCUUCAAACCUCUCAGUAAACCCAUCCAGGGGAAGAAGCUGAGAGAGAUCUGUGAAGCGGAGAACAUCAACUGUGGCGAAGAGGCCUUGGAAGCCAUUUUGAAGUUGUCAGAGGGAGAUAUGAGGAAAUCUAUCACCUUCCUUCAGAGCGUUCAUCGUCUUCAACGAGAAGAUGGCAUCCGAGUAGAAGAUGUUUAUGAGAUUGCAGGGGUGAUCCCAGACAAGAUGAUAGACGAUCUGAUUCAGGCCUGCUACGGCGGAUCGUAUGAAAAGCUUGACGAGAAGGUCCAAGAACUACUCCAAGGUGGCUACUCGGCUUCACAGGUCGUCAACCAGAUCUUUGACAUCAUAGUGGACAGAGGUGAGCUGACCGAUAAACAGAAAUCUGCCAUCGCUGAGCGUCUCGCUGUCAUCGACAAACGGCUGUGUGACGGAGCAGACGAGGGCUUGCAAAUCAUGGAUCUGUUCACAUUGACCAUGGAUCAGUUCUGCACUGUACAGAAUUAGGACAUCUUUAGGGCUGUAUGUGAAUGGAUUACAACUAGUUCUGGACAUUGUGAUGUAUAUCUACAACAUCUAUGUGCAGAUGAUUGUAUACAUUGCUCAUGGAGCUGUAUCCCAUUUUGGAAAAUCUUUUGAAGGGCAGUGUAGAGAACACUAAUCGUUGUGAAAUGUUAUUUUAAAACCAUGACACACCUUGAUAAAUCUCACACUAAUCAUGUUGCAUUGUUGUCCAUCAAAAUAUACUCUUGCAUUUUCAAGAGAACCAAACAGUCACAUAGCUUGUAGUAAUGAAUGGCUAUUCACAGAAUGCCAAACGGGUAUUUGCUAUAUCACAUGUUCAUGAAAUGUUUUGCUAUUCCGCACACCGUCACUAAUAAGAUCUCACUUUUGAAAGCUUAUCUUAAAAAUGUAGAUUGGAAGCAUAAAAUACUUUCCAUUCCUGGAAAUGUAAGAUCACUUAUCUUGCAAGUAAAUCAUAUUUCAUGUAGAGCUAUGAGCUUCAGUCUGUCUAAAGAAAAUAUUGUGUUGUGAUCAUGGCAUUAUAUUGUGAAAGAAACUUUCCAGAAGCAGUUAGGAAAGCUAUAUUUAUGUAUUGGUGUAUAUUGCUAUGUUUUGGAAUCGUCAAGAUGAUAAGAAGUUGACCUAAUCUUGCUUCAAAAUCCUGUGCCCUGACUGAACACCAAAAUGUGUGAAUGGGGCUACACACACAUGAAAGUUUGGUCCAAACCUCUCAGCUAUUUCCCAUCAUAUUUUGCAUAUAAAGAGCAAUUAUUUUCACUUUGUCAGGUGACGUUUGUACUUGGGGUACAAAUAUGAUAUUCUUCCAAACUAUCUCAUGGAGUACUUGACUUUUGUGACAUGGGUCGCAAUAGUCUUCCUGGAGAGAAAGAUAUAAGAGGAAGAGAGAGAGAGAGUGAGAGAGAGAGAGA